GGGGGAUCGAUCGAACAAGCAGAGAGAAGGGGGAAACCCUAGCUCAAGCAAAAACAAGCAAUUGGAUCUAAAUUCUCAAGAUAAUCUAGUGCAUGAGUCCAUAAAUCUGAAUAACUAACCUCAAUUUCGCGUGAAAGAAGAAGGUACAAGCACUAAGCAAGCGGAAGGAGCACAAGAUCGAGAUGGCCGAUGCAAGAAAUAUCAAUGAUGAUAAUGAUGAUAACAAUGAUGCGGCUAGACAAGAAGCAUUCGAGAACAGAGUUACAGAAGUAGCGGAAGGGGUUAUACAAGCCAAUCUUCCACGGUUGGCUCAAGAAGUAGAAAGCCGAGUUCUAGGGGUUGUGGAUGCUAUGAUGACUAAUAAGUUCGAAGAGUUGAGGGAAUUAAUCGAAGGAUCCAAGAGUAAAGGUAAGGAACGAAGGUGCACUUACAAGGAUUUUAUGGCAUGCCAUCCGAUGACGUAUGACGGUAAAAUUGACCCAGUCGAAUGUCAAAGAUGGGUCUCGAAUAUAGAGGCGGUGUUUAUACGAAGCCGGUGCGAUAAGGAGGACCAAGUGAUGUUCGCUACCGGUUUACUAACCCAUCAAGCGAAAGAUUGGUGGGAUGCGCACAGCAAGGAAAUAGGCGAAGAUAGGCUGCAAGCUAUGACUUGGCAAGAGUUCAAGGGGCCCUUCAUGAGAUAUCAUUGUCCUCAGUCGGCGAUCGACAAGAUUCAGGAGGAUUUCUUACGCCUCCGGCAGAAAAACGAAUCAGUGAAUGAAAUAGCAAACAAUUUUAUGGAUAAGAUGAAGUUCUGUGGAGAAUUGGUAACAACCGAGAGGAUGAAGAUAAGUCGCUUCUAUGGCGUGUUAAAAGCAGAAGUUAGAGAGUUCAUCACUCCCUCAAAAUGUGAAACUCUUGAAGAGCUCAUCGAUUUAGCGCGGGAUAGAGAGAUCGAAAUUAAAAGGCAAGAGGAGCGAGGUGAAAAGAGGCCGAGUGAAAAAGGUACAAGUUUUAGUCCAUCCAAAAAGGGGAAGUUUCAGGAUCAAGGAAGAAAGGGUAAGUCGAAAGGUGGGAUUACACCAUGCAAGACAUGUGGAAAGCUCCAUACCGGAGAGUGUUUGCUAGGUAAGAAGGGGUGCUUUAAAUGUGGUAAGGAGGGGCAUUCGUCCUAUCAAUGCCCGGAUAACCCAAAGACUUGUUUCAACUGUUUCGAAAAAGGGCAUAUCAAGUCGGAAUGCCCAAAGCUUCAACAAGGGUCAAAGAAAGAAGAUAGGAAGCAAGAGGGUUCUAGGGCAAAGGGGAGAAUGUUUCAGAUCACGUCUGAAGAAGCCAAGUCCCAGCCAAAUAUGGUCUCAGGCGUGAAAGAAGAAGGUACAAGCACUAAGCAAGCGGAAGGAGCACAAGAUCGAGGUAAAGCACCUCUAUAGGCGAUUUGGAGUUAUGGGACGAGCACAUGUUCAAGCUUUAUAAUACCAAGCGCUUCCGCAACUCAUAUGCAUACUUUUGGGUCCAUGUUUUGCCACUUUGUUAGACUUUGUUGAAAUGUUUUAGAUUUAAAAAACUCGUUACUUUUGUUGGAAUGGUUUUAUGUAAAUUGGGUCGUAGGUAAACGUUGUAUGUUAUGUAAAAACAGGGGGUAUGUCCGUUUUACAAACGGGUCAUGCCCAAUUUUUGUAAAAAUUUCUUUAAGCGUCAAA